CGUCUUUAGCCCUGCUGUGCAACCCGAAACGAUCGGCUUCUAACCGACCAUCAUCUUAUCUUUUUCGCAGACUCGCGCCGCCAAGGGAUUUGCCGUACUCAGUCUCGUCUUUUUCUUCAUAUUCCUCCCAGUAGAGCGUCUUGCUACCCGCGAAGGGAAUUUGCAUCCCCGCUCCACCGGAUCCGGCAUCUCGGCCAGGGAACAACUACGACGACGGGGGUCUUUCUAGCUGAUCGACCGCGUCUCUGCUGUCUGACAUGCCAGAGAAUGAUGGCCUGAUGCGCGUGUUCUGGCCGGCCGACCUGCCGCGGUCGGACCAUAAGGGCGUAGUGGUGGGGUGGAGGAACUCAGCUCUGGACGUCUUCGUUUUGGCCAUUUUGGAGGCGGUUGAGCCCCGGAACGUCGAGUUCGCCCUCAAGAUCGGCACCCUCGUCCGCGACGCUGCUCAUCCCGUCCAUCGCAUCUACGAACUGUGCGGCCAAUCCUCCAUACAUGUCCUUGGCCUCUCGAAUACACCCGACUCCUCCGAUCUCGACUCGUCAUGGAUACACGUUGCGGUUGGGCCGGGCCGUCGGGUCCCCGCUGUCACAUGCCCGCGGGCCUCGAGCAUCCAACUCAUUCUCUUCGAGAGACCACGCCCUGAGAGGAUGCAGUACAUUUCGUUAAAUCCUAUUGCGCUGGCCUUGGACGACAAGCAUGACAGUUCCCGACAAGACGUCCCUGACGGAAGCGAGGAUGAUGACGAGAAAGAAGAGCGAAGGAGGAAGGAGCAAAAGAGGAAGCUGGUCGAGAAGCUGAAGCAGCAUUCGAUUUCGAAACGAGUUCCCUCGGAAAAAGAACAGGCACUCGCCAAGGUUGUCAACCAGAUAAAUUGGUCAUGGGAACUUGAGCAGCUGCUUCAGAAGAACGUCUCCCGGAUUGGCACGCGCCCCAAGAGGAGUCUUAGUGUCUCUGAGAGGGUUGUCGAGUCAGCAACGACGGCGCGGGACAUGAUGCUAGUCUGGAUGUGGAAUCUGUUUACCGUUUAUGUUUGGCCCAUCAUCAAACAGCUUUUCGUCAUGGGCCUCAUGGCUCACCGGGUUGCCGCCGAGGUGCUCUUGCGCAUUUUGGAGUGGCGGGCGCAGCCAAGAUACGCCGCCCUGAAGGACAUCUCGGCUACCGCGCAGCAGGUCGAGAUUCGUCUCCAGCAAUUCUGCUACUGGCCGAUGCAGUACGUCACUCUUCGGCUCAGGAAGAAUGAUUGGGAGAGCGUCACGACGAGCCACCCAGACUACAUUCGUUUCUACAACAGCCUCUGGCUAGUGGCCAACGAUGUUAUCAUCGGCAUUGCGCUAGGAUCCUACAUCAUCGACAACUCCGGCUGGGCCGCGGAAGAGAUCAGCAAGCUCCUCAGCCAGUACACGGUAGACGCGCUGCAGAGCAGCAUCUCAUGGCUUAUGGGAUGGCCUGCUGGGUUGAAGCUGAACAAUGAACUGGGAGCAUUCCUAGGAGAUUUAUUUCUAUGGGUCAUCGAAUAUUGGUCAAGCUGCAUUGAAGCACUUCGCCCAAUCUUACCGCGCAUCAUCUGGUUCAUAGGCUUCUCGAGCUUCGCCGGGGCCAGUAUGCCGAUAGCCCUCUUCUCAGACCUUCUCUCAAUCCUGACGGUGCACAUUUACUCCUUCUAUCUCGCCUCGGCCCGGAUCUACCACUGGCAGCUGAACAUCCUGAUCUCGCUGUUCCACCUGUUCAGGGGCAAAAAACACAAUGUGCUCAGGAACCGUAUCGACUCGUGCGACUACGAUCUCGACCAGCUCCUUGUCGGCACCAUCCUCUUCACUCUUCUCUUUUUCCUCUUACCGACGGUGGCAGUCUUUUACCUUAAUUUCGCCAUUGCACGCAUGGCCAUCAUUUCGCUGAAGGCCGUUUUCGAUACUAUGCUUUCCUGCUUGAAUCACUUUCCUCUUUUUGCGCUCAUGCUUCGGGUCAAGGAUCCCGGGAGGCUCCCAGGCGGUAUUCGUUUUGAGCUUCGAGAUACCCAAGACUUUAGACGUCCCGUUAAUGAUUCAUCCACGCAACUACCUUCCACAUCUGUAAUACAUUUAAAGUCCGUCCCCCUCAAGUUCAAGGCCAUGUUUCACCAAUACUUCCAAAUGGGCCAACGGAUCCGCAAGCAUUACCUCUCGCCCCGGGUGUUGCUCUGUCUCCUCACGGGCAAGUUUGUCCCGCCGCUGAAUCGGAAAAACCUGUACAGCUUACAGUACAGCAUGCUCCCUGCGCGGCGGGCGGGAGUCAUGGAGAUGUGGACUGCAGUCAACUCGCUGCCGGAUCCCAAGAAGAGGAUGCCGCGGGUGCACGUACCCGUUCUCGCGAACGGGAAGAAGUUUCCUAGUAAUUACGGCGGGGGGCGGUCGCGGGGUUAUGGGUAGAUUUUGUAUGAUGGUACGAAGUACGACAUAAUAGAGGGGAUGGUAUUGGUGAUGAUAUCGGUAUGCUCCGCUCGUGAGUUGUUCAAGCGGAUUUGAUGUGGCCCGG